CUACUAGCCAGUCGCCUGACAAACGGGUUGAUACUCAACAUUUGACACCGCUAAUCGUAAACACUAAAUGUGUUGUUACAGUUAGUGGAUUCAAAAAAAACUUUGGAUUUGGAUUUACAACUAUUGGAAUUAUUAGCUAAUAUACUUAUUCUUAUUAUACAAUGACCACCUAUCUCGCAUGUAACAAUGAUAACCAAUACCCAAACUCAGAUGAUAAUAUUUUACAUGACAAUCAUCGAAGUAAUCAGUAUGAGAAUAAUAAUAAUUCCGAUCAGAUUUCUGCGGAUUUAAAUGGAAACAAACAAGGAAUAUCCUUAGAAAAAUCGAUUUUUAAAGAAUCACAUAAUACUAUGGAAAAGUCAUCAGAUGGUUGUAUAACAGAGCUUCAAAAUUCAUUACAACAUUACAAACCAUCUACAGGAAUGCAUCCAUUUGAUGAAUCUGAAAAUUAUCUUCGUGAUGAUAUACAGUCAUUAUUUCAACGUCACACUCAAAUUGUUCAACGACUAGAACAACUUGAUAAAGAGCUACUGACAUUGUUACAUGAAGAAUGGUCAAUUACUGGAAAUGUACCGUCAGACUAUGAAUCUUUAAGCAUGAAACUUGGUAUAUACAAUAAACCUGUAAAGAAUACAUCAUAUCCUUUAUCACAUGUACUAGUUCAUAAAGCAAGUACAGUCAGUAUGAAACAAGAAUAUUAUGAAUUUCUAAAGAAAAAGAAGAAAUAUUUAACUAUUGCUACUAAUAAACCAACAGAAAAUGCUUCAGUAGAAUUUGAAUCAACUAAAAUCAAUUCAGAAAUCGAUAAUUUUUCACUUCCAAAUGACGAAAUUAUCAAACGUCAUCAAAAUACAGCACAACGUUUAGUUGAAGCAUUUGGUCGUAGUAUUAGUACUGAAUUAUUGUUACCAAAUGAAAAGUUAUAUAACGUUAUUGAUUUAACUGAUAGAUGCUCUAAUUCAAAUACUUCUAUUCACGAUUAUAGUUCUGGGCAUUUAACUUUUGAUAAACGUCAAUAUUAUAAAUUUAAAACGGAUAUUCAUUUAACUCCAUCAGAUUAUCAUCACUUAAAUCAUGUAACAUCAAUAUCUGAUUACAGUUCAUUCCUAUCAGCUGACUAUUCACCAACAAUUUCUCUUCGAAGUGAUCACAGAUCAACUAAAAAUGGUAUGAAUAAUACUAAUAAUAAUCAAGAAAUAAUAUCCAAUUACCCUAGUAAUUUAUCAUCAAAUAUUAAUUGUCAUAAUCACUCUGACAAGAACAUUGAAUGUCUGGAAGAUGAAAAGUUUGAUAGUGAUUUAAGAUUGAAAAACUUGGUAACCGAAGAUUUAGUUGAAAAUAAUCAAGCUACACAAAUAGACAGUGAUGUUCACGAUGAAAAAGAGGAAGAUAUUGAUCGUGUAGCCUAUGAAAUUGAAUUACGACGACUUGAAGUUGAUUUUGCAGUUAUAUCACAAUUAUAUGCUGUGCAUAAACAAAGAGCAAAAGAGACGAAAUUUGAAUCAUAUAAAAUUGCAUAUAAAUCUAAUUCUAAAAAGUUGAAGGAUAUCACUCAACAAAUGAAUCAUAUAAAAAAUAUAUUAUUGUCAAAUCAGCAAUUGAAUAAAAAGCAGCCUGUUAUUUCAGUUGAGAGAAAAAUAAUACAAAACCAGUUUCUCAAGCGACGAAGAACAUGGAAUCCACUUAAACUUAGUUCUUCUAACUGGACUAUAGGGAGCGGUGCAUCACCUAGACGAUCAAAGCUUGAUGCAAUAAAAUUUCAUGAUAUCUCCACACCGGUUACACCUAAUACCACUACAAAAAUUCCAAACAAUUGUCUUGAACGUAAAAACAACAUUUUUACAGGUGCCCCUCAGUCAACAAAUGUGGGAAGACGGAUACAACAUACUCUCCCACGUCAUAGUAAGCUCUGCUAUGAAGAAUCUUUCAAGUGUGAGAAAUUGGUUGCAGAAUGUCCAGUAAAACAAGUUAUUGAUGAAUACUUUCAUCCAGAUCCUCUUACUACAAUGAAUGCAACACCAAUUAAGCAAGAUAUAACAACUGAAUCUAAAUCCACCUCAUCUAAUUCAGUUUUAUAUCCUGUAGAAACUAGAUAUGUUACUGCUUUGAACAAAAGUUUCCAUCAUCCUUCUGAUUCCAAUACUACCAAUCCUCCGACAUUAACCAGCGCUGUCGUUCAACAUAAACUAACAUCUCCAGAUCGUACUGUACAUAAAACGGUUGUUCAUGAUCGACGUCGAAAAUAUGUUAAAACAUCCAAACGUUCACAUUCAUUAUCAUCAGAACUCUUCAUUGUUUCUGUUGAUGAUACAUGCAAUCUUCCACAUAGUCUACUGAACAAAAUUGCUCGAGUUCGCUCUCUUCCACAAUUCAACAAUAAUCAAAAUUGUUCCAGUGAAUACAUGGAUAAUACAAAAAAGAAAACAGUCCAUGAAAGUUAUUCAGUUGAUGGGAAACUUAAAAAUCUUAAACGUCAACCACUAAGUGUAACGACACAGUCAUCAGGUAUUGGUUUCAACAAUUCAUCUGCUUCUGUUGAAUACACUGACAUACUUGGAUCACCUAACUUGAAUUGUGUUAAAUGCAUACCUAAAAAGACUACCUCAUCAAAUACAUCCUCGUCCAACUGGUCGACUUCAGGUUGUUCAUGUUUAUCUUCACAGACAAACAAUUCGUCUCCAUAUGAAGAAAGGGUUUUAAGAAUAAAUGAGGAAUUACAUGAUGAGGAAAAACAAAAAUCAAAACCCAAAACAACCGGCUCUGAUGAAUAUUCUAAUACACCAGCAGAAAUUUGUUUAGAAGAAACAAUUGAAAACAAGGUUAUACUAAGACAUAUUGACAAAAGAGGAAGAAGAGUGCCUACUACUCUCAUAGAAAAUAUUAAUACACUACCUUUUGGAAUAGCAGUUUCUGCCAGAUGUAUAUGCAGCUGCUUCUCGGAACAUGGUCAUCUUAUAGCUACUUCUGAGUCCCAUAUUUGUCAAUGUUGUCAUUCAAAUAACCUUACCAACAUAGAUACAUCAACAACACUCAAUAAAUCUGACUUUAGGACUAUCAACAAUCUCUCUACAGCACAUGAUGAGGGUAAAAUAGCGUCUCUGCCAUCUUCCAUAUGUUAUAGUGAAGAAACACGAUCAGUCAAUACAUCUGAUGAUGGACUUCAUUCAAAGACCCAUUUAAACUGUUAUUCGUUGCAAACUCCAAAAAGUCAUGAUAAAAGUCAGGAGAACGAAGAACGUCUUAUUUCGCAAACUCCUAAUAAUAACCCGGCUACACUUGUGAAUUCCAGAAGUGCUCUUAAAGGUCGGUUAAGUUUAAAACCAUUUUCUUUAUUAAGACGUGCUGUUUCAAAAGUUACAACAAAUUCAGGACGUCGUUCACUUAAUGCAAACACACCUUUCACAAUAAAUAGAAAAAAGUGUAUUACUAGCCCAGCAAUAUUACCAUCUCUUGCCACAGAAAGACUAAAGGAGAUAAACACUAGUAGUCUCACAAAUGAUAAUACUGAUAUUUGUAGAAGACCUAAAUGUUCAUUUAUUGAGACUCGUGAUCCCUUAAGAUACCAAUCAAAUUCUAGUAUUUAUACCACAACAAAUAAUAGCAAUGUACGUCAUUUUACAUGGGCCAAAAAACUUCGACAUUCAAUACGUCCAUCACAUGUGCUAUCAAAUAAAUGUGUAAACUAAUUUCUAGAAUACUUAAUAUUUUACACCAAGUGUGUACAUACUACUUUGUCUUACCUGUGAUCUGAUGUUUAGAUUAACUAUUACUAUAAUUAUGACAGUAGCUGAAACGUGAUCAUUUAGAUUGUUAACAGAUUUACUUUGUCAUAUGCAGUAAAAUUGCAUGUAAUUGUUUCUUUUUUUGUAAAUUGAUUACUUAUCUGCAUAUAAUGUCCCAACUGUACAUACAAAAAAUAUGGACAAAAUUGAAUAUCUCUUUUGAGAAUCGUUUAUUGGUGUAUGUAGAAUUAUUAUAUAACAAAAAAUGAUAUGGAUAGGUUGCAUUCUACUUUUAAAGAAAAAACCAUAGAGAAUUGAUUUAAUUUAAUCAACCUGACAAUUCUUUUUAUAUUUUGAUUUCUUUUCUAUUUCUUUAUUGAAUAAAUAAACAAAAGUUGUUCAUGAUUCAAAUGAUGAGUCUUUUCUUUGUUUUGCUUUAAAGUAUAAUAAUGUAUUGUCCCAUUGAAACAGGUUGAUCGUACAUAAUCGAUCAAGUGUAAAUAUUUAGAUAACAAACUGUCAGUAUUUCGAUGUUUGUUUUCUAAAUGGUGAUGUUGAUAAUGAAUUCUUGAUACCAUUUACGUUGAACUAUAAGAUAACAGCUUCUCUCUACUAAAUUUAUCUGGAUUCCCCGACUAAACACAAAUUACACACCCGAGUUGGCGUCUAUUUUCCUGGUCAUAUGUGCUAUAAUGUAAUGAUCAGACUUCAAUUCAAAUGCAGUUAUUAUUCGUUUAUCGGACUUUAUAUGCUCAAGAAAUGUGUUGUCAUCAGCGACUAGAGUUUAGAAGAAGAGAUCAAAAUGAUUUCUAGUGAGGUCCAGUAUAGACUUGAAUGAAAAAUUCUUAAGUAUUUGCUCCUAGUUAUGUUUCGCUUUUGUACGUUCUAUUCAAAAUAGCAGUGUAUUAAAACAGGAACAAAGUUGUUGGUAACUUUUGAAAAAUUAAUAUUUUGAUUUAUUUAGUUACUAAGGCCUAAACGAACAUCAUUUUUGGUUGUCUGCGCCCAAUUCAUAUCAUGUAUAUUUAUUAUGUGUUAACGCGAUUAUUUGUGAUGAUUGUUCAUGACCUAUAUAAGUUAUAUAAUAUUACUACUUCAAAAAAUCAAUAAGCUUGUAUGUAGUGUAUAUAUCAAACUAAUUACGUAAUUGCUAAUACCAGAUAUUAACUUUUUGCAAACAACGAUGGCCAUUUUCAAAGUUUACAGCAAAAUGCCAGACAGGUAUGAUGUAAUAUCACUUUGAAACUAGUCAGUUACGAUAAAAUUGCAUGCACUAAAGUUAACCCGUAAUGCUUACUACUAACUCUGAGCUAAAUUUAUUAAUCGGGUUCAUUAACUGUUCAACUACAUAUCGAUUAUUUCAUAUUAGUGCUGAAAUUAACCAUAAUAUUUUAACGAAUGGAUCUAGAGGUUAAGCGUUCGCGCUCAAGACCGAUUGGUCCUGGGUUCGAAUCUUGUGGGGCGGCGUGGUCAUGGAUGCGUAGUGUUGAGAAUUCCCAUACUAGGAACCG